AUGUCAUCAACUACCUUCCCAAAUAAUUAUAAUAAUUUACUAACUCAAAUUAGUAACUUACCACAAAAGAGUAUUGAUGAAAUUAGUUCUGCCUUUCUUGGUUUGGUUAAUUGUAUUAGUCAAAACAACCAAAACAGCACUAUUCCAUUAAAGAAACUAUACAAUAUUUUUUUAGACAAUAACCAGUCUGAAGCUGAAAAGCAACAAAACAUCUCUAAACUGUUAAAGGACGUUUCAUUCACUCAACCAGACACAAACUACCAAAAAAAGAUAGGAAAAGAAAUAGGUAAAGCUACUAAUAUAAAAAGUUUUAAACAGGGUGUAGGAAAUACACAAAAAGGAUGUGUAUUAACAAAAACAGCUCAAAUAAAUAAAAGUUAUACGUUGUCAGAUUUUUUUAGAGCUAUAAAUAUCCUUUAUUCAUCUGAAACCAAUAAAGAAUUGAUCUUUAAUAUUUGUCAAAAGCUCUUAAGUGAAGUCCUUAUACAACUUCUUUUACCUGAUACACAUGAUGAAAUGAAAUCAAAAUUUAUUAACUUCAUUAAUGAAAUAAACAAAAUUCAAUCAGGACAUUUAAGUCCAGACUUUGUAUUUACAAAUAAAUUUAGAAGUAAUGAAACAAUAGAAUUAAUUCAAGAAGAAACAAAUUGGAUAUACUACUUUUUUAUAAAAGAAUUUAAAAAAAUACUUGUUGAAAUGAAUAACCCAUGCAAUGAUUUCAUGAAGAACGUUAAAAAAUUUUGUACUGACAUAUUACAUUUGUUACAAGAAGAAAGUCCCCGAUCACAACUAUAUUAUCUUGAUGACUAUGUGAAAAAAUUUAAAGAAAUAAUGCACCAAGUAUUAAAUAAGGUAAUUAAUAAAGAUAAUGAAUUAAAAGUCAAACAAAAUUUGUUGAAAUUAAUUACUCCUGAUAAUUGUCAUUUACUUUUGAAAACCAAUGACUUACAGAAAUUUGUUGAUGAUAUUCUCAAUGCUCCUGACCUCACUAAAACCACUGAAUUAAGUUCAAAAAUACAUGACCUAAAAGGAGAAAAAGAUGAUGCUGAACGUAAUAAGAAAAAAUUAAUGGAAGAAAUAAACAAAACAAAGUUUGAACUAAAUACGGCUACUACAAAUAUUAAACGUUGUUCAAAAGAACUUAUAGAAGUUAAAAAUGAAAAAGAAGAAUUUAUUAACAAAUUAAUCGAAGAAGACUCUGUUAAAGCUCAGAGCAUUGCUAUUCCAUUUGAAUUAUGGUAUAUUGAAGCUACUUAUACUUGUAUUAUUUUUAUAAAAGAAAAAAUGAAACGAAUUAAAUUUGUUCUUCAACUUAGGCAUAGUAAUAAAAAUGGAGAACUAAUUCAUAUCAGAGACAAUAUUUAUAUUCGAAUUUAUUUCACUCAUAAACACUUUAGAAGAGAAGGUGAUGAUAUUGUCUAUUACAUUAAUGACAAUGAAAUUCCUAAAGACCACAGAGCAAGUGUUAUUCAUCCAGGUGGGUCUACAUACACAUAUUCAUAUGGCAAUUUUAAAGACAAUCAAAUUAUUGUUGAACAGUGUGGAUUUACUAAUAACUCACAUUCUUCUAAAGGAAGAUUUAUUAUACGAAAAGUGGAUAAUAUCAAUUUAUUACCUCCUAGUGAAAAUGAAUUAAUUAAGAAAAGACAAGACGACGCUUUAAAGAUGCGUAAGUUUGUUGAGAGAGAAAAUGGUACUAAGCUUGAGGAAGAAACAAACAAACAAAAAUUAGAAAGCUGUAGUCGUAAGGUUGAUGAUUUACAAAAAAAAGAAAAAGAUUGUGACAAUAAAUUAAAAACAAUUCCUGAUCAAAUCGAAAGCCUAGAGCUUGAAUUGUCCGAAGAACAGAAAAGAAUCAAUGAAAGUAGUUCUAAAAGUUUUGAUUUAAGUCAAAAGAAAAUUACAGCUAAAGCAAUAGAAGAGAAUAGAAUUAUUAUAUAUUCUUGUAGUCAUCACAGUGAAAUUGAAAUUGAUGAAAAAACAAGUAAUGGUUUUUGUAUUAAACCUGCAGCUAAUGGUUUGCCUAUAUGCUUUUCAGAUUCAACACAAAUUCCUUUAAGAAAAAGGGGUGAGAAGGGAUGGUUGUUUGGUUCUAAACAAACAAUUUUCUAUUAUCAUUUUCUAGGAGAACUAAUAUUUACUAAUAAAGAUGAAGUAGUGCCUAAUAAUGAUAUUAUUUUUGACACCCUUUUGAAAGGUCAACAAGUUAUCAUUUUUAAUGUGAAUAUUCCUAAUUCGUAUAAAGAAAAGUAUCUCCCUAUUGUUACUUGCAAAAGAAAGGCUUUUAGUAUGGAUAAUCCAGAAGAUUUUAUGAUAUUUCCAGUUAAAACACCUAAAUGUCCCACUAGAUUUGUCUUUAAGAAUGGUUAUUAUGCUAAUACAGAAGAUGGAGGUAUUAUUAUUAUUAAUGUUUCAUUCAAAGAAAAUGAAACAGUCUUAAGCCAUUAUAAUUAUAUUUCACCACAAAUCUCUCCUCGUAAAUGUAAUCAAGGAAUAGACAAAAAGAAACCCGAAUCACUCCCAAAUGAAGACACUCAAAAACCACAACAAUCUAUCAGUUUGGUUGAAGAUAUUCAAAAACCACAACAAUCUAUCAGUUUUGUUGCAGACACUAAAAUAUAUUUAACUUCUUCAAAUGUGUGGGUCCAAAAGGAAUAUGACAUCUUCGAUGACAUACGUAUAUUUGAAAAAGACUAUAAGAUAUAUGGAAUAAAAUUUAUUGAGACUUCCUCUAAGCAAGGUGAUGUUUUUGACAAUCACAAACCAGGUGAUGUUUUUGAAUAUAAUACCUCCAGUUAUAAUUUGGAUGUGUAUUGUCUCAAAUGUAUAGAGAGUAAAAAUGAAAAGAAAAGUAUAAAAUCAAAAACUUGUUAUAAAGAACUGGAGUGUUAUAUCCCUAAAAAUCUCAAAAGUACUUUCAAGGAAUAUGUUGGAAUAAUGGUUAGUCUAGGAAGUUACAACUCAACAAACACGAGUAAUACUUCAAUACUUCUACCAAUAAAUGCUUAUAAGUUAGAAGAUCAAUAUCUUGCAGUCUUCGAAUAUAAACCAGAUAAAUAUAUUGGUGUUAGAUUUCAUUUGAAGUAA